GCUAUAUAUGGAUAAGAGACACAAUUCUGUAUUUGAUCUGCCCACAAGGUCGGUUAUCGAACUUGAAGUAGACCACCUAUUUCUCUUUGACUCAGCCUCCAAGUCAUCCCCGGCCAUUCUAAGUCCGGCUCAACGGGUUCAUAACACGAGACAAGAUGCCGAACAAACUCCUAAACUUGCACACUGUUGACGACGUCAGUUUCCCUUACAUUUUUGAGCAGAAUGCAACUGUACAGCUCAGAUCCGGCGGUCUGGUACGCUGCAAUGUCUACCGACCCAAGACCACGGAUCCUGUCCCGAUCCUGGUCACGUACGGACCGUACGGCAAAGACAUCCAUUACAAGGACUUCUCACCCAAGUACCCCGAGGUAAACCCCCGGCAUCAAUCCGCCCACUCGGCUUGGGAGACCCCUGACCCGGGCUACUGGACCGAACAUGGCUACGCCGUGGUUCGAGUCGACGAGGUAGGCACUGGCCAGUCUCCUGGGAUUCUCGAUACCAUGUCUCGGGGUACCACAGAUGCCUUUGUCGAUGUUGUCGAGUGGGCGGCGGAUCAGCCGUGGUCUUCUGGCAAAGUCGGUCUGCUGGGCAUCAGCUAUUACGCAGGCAGUCAAUGGCGCGUGGCUGCUCGGAAGCCCAAGGGUCUCUCGGCUAUCGUGCCAUGGGAGGGCAUGUCGGACUAUUACCGGGAUCGGUGCCGGCACGGUGGCAUUCUCUCCAACGCCUUCAUCAAGUUCUGGUGGAACAGGCAGGUCAUUACCAAUCAGUACGGCAGACCAGGAAAGGCAGCUUCCAACUGGGGUCCGGACACCAUUGAGGGCGAUCUCCCCGAAGAGGAACUCGCUGCCCAUCGCCGAGACCAGACAAUCGACAACCGGGCCCACCGCUUCCGCGACGAGCCCUACUACGCCUCCAAGGAAUACGACAUGGGCGACAUCGAGGUGCCUCUCCUCUCAGUCGGCAACUGGGGCGGCAUUCUUCUCCAUCUCAGGGGCAACGUCGAGGGUUUCACCCACGCCGGAUCGAAGCUCAAGUACCUGCGCAUGAUCACGGGUCGCCACGACCUGCCCUUUUACUACGACGAAGAAGUCGAGAUACAACGAAGCUUCCUCGACGCCUUCCUCAAGAACGAAGACCGAGUCGGGUGGUCUCAGCCGGGCAAGGUGCCGCCCGUCAGCCUGGUGCUGCGCAAGGGCAAUGUCGGCUUUAACGACGCCGAGAAGGAAAAGGCUUACCAGCGCCGUGAAGAGGACGAAUGGCCCAUCGCUCGGACGGUGUACACCCGCUUCCACCUGACACCCGACCUCGGCCUACAGCCUGAGCCCACGCCGUCCCCAGCAGCAGCAAGCCACAUGCAACAAGAAAGAAAGAAACUGACCUACCGCGCCCUGGGCACCAUCGACCAGCCCCAGCUGAUGCAGUUCACCACGCCGCCCUUUGGGCACGAGACCGAGAUCACAGGCCACAUCGUGGCUCACCUGAACAUCUCCAUGUCGCCAGACCCUGCCUCGCCGACGGUCCCCUCGGACAUUGACCUAUUCCUCACGCUGCGCUACCUUGGGCCGGACGGCCGGGAAGUGUUGUACACGGGCACGGCGGGCGACCCGGUGCCGCUGACCAAAGGGUGGCUGCGAACGUCGCUGCGCAAAGUGAACCGCGAGCAUGCCAAGCACCGCCCCUGGCUGCCCCACCGCGACUAUACCAGCCGCGACGUGCUCCCCGUCUUACCGGGUGAGGUGUAUGUCGUCGACGUGGAGGUGUGGCCGACCAAUGUGGUGGUUGAGAAGGGCGGGCGGAUUGUGCUGGAGGUUGCCUCGAGCGAUACCCAAGGGAGCGGAAUCUUUUUGCAUGAUGAUCCGGUUGAUCGGUCGCAGGAGGUGUUUCGCGGGUUCAACCACAUCCACUUUGGCCCGCGGUUGGAAAACUAUGUGACGCUGCCCAUCAUUCCGCCAAAGGAGUAG